GACAGCAGGGAGAGUGGAGAAAGAGUUGGAGAAAGAGUUGGAGAGUCGAUCACCUCUCUGCUGGCAAAAUGAAAAUUAUUCUGUUUUUGUUUGCUGCAGCCCAGAUUCUUUAUCAAUCUGAUUCGGUAGGUCCAUGCGAACCAACUACCAUUCCCGUGAUUGAUUCAGUCUUGAAUGCUACAACUGCAAGGGUGAAUACACUUUUCGCAAUGGGUAACCCCUUGACUAUUGUGAACUGUAGAGUAACAAAUAUUAAUGAAAGUGGAAGCUUUAUACUUAAGCUGGAUUUAGCCUUUGAUGUGCAGGAAGCUGCAUCCAGCAUUGCCCCUGGAAUGAAUCUCUCAAGUGCUUCUUUUGAUCUACAGAUAAACUUGACUUGCACAAGCCAAGUCAUUAUUGAGAAUACCACCAUUGACAUAGUUUCUCUAGUUUGUAACUCAACUUCCACAAACUCGACACCUGAACCAUCUGCAACGCCAACACCAGGGCCAACGUCAACACCAGAAACAACACCAACGUCAACACCGGAGCCAAUGACAACACCAACGCCAGAACCAAUGACUUCAACGAAAAGAAAGCCACCAUCAUCAUCAGAAAGCAAUGAAUCAAUAGACAGCAAUGAAUCGUCAGAAAGCAAUGAAUCAUCGGAUAGCAAUGAAUCAUAAUCACAAAACAGUGAUUGAGAAGAAAGUAAAAAGCCUCGGUAUUUUUGUUUUAACUGAUAAAAAAAAUGCAAAGGCCUGCAAUGAGUUGCAAUUUCUUGACAAAUAAAAGUAAAGAUCAGCUGAUUCUCAGUGCAAAAAGUUA